CCGUGCACUGUUCACCAAAGAAGAGCAGCAAAAAGGAGACAAUAAACGAAGUGGAUCUUCAAUACCGCAACACUGAGACGGUCUUUUGAAUUAAACCCAGAAAUUAAACCCCUCGAAGUCUAUCAGCACCAGGGGAUCGAUUAAAAACGAGCUCGCUGAUGUUUAAUAGCUGUCGGUGAUUAAAGAAGUUCCUCAUGAGUGAAACCCCAGUCUGGACCAGCAUGAACCCGGAGACCCUCCACAUAAAGGAGGAACAGGAGGAAAUCUUGACCAGCCACGAGGAACAGCAGAGUAGUGGUCUGGAGGAGGCGGAUAUCAUUAAGGUCAUAAUCACUGCAGUUCCUGUGAAAACUGAAGAUGAUGAAGAAAAACCUCAGUUCAUACCCUUUCAUCAAAGCCAAGCUGAGGACAACAGAGAUACAGAGCCUGAGAGCGAUGGACCAGAACCGAGCAGUGACCCGGAUCUUCAAAGUGAGUUUAAACCUGAUGCUGAUGAAAAGGCUUCAGACUAUUCUGAGACUACUGAUGAGUCUGGACCUGAAAACGAAGACAGCGAUGGCGGCUGGAAGGAGGGCAGGGCACUGGAGUCAGACUUAAAUAUGGAUGUGGAUUGUAAUGCGGCAAAAAAAUUCUUAAGCUGCACUUUGUGGGGUCAGCAGUUUAUCUACAAGCAGUGUCUUCAGAAACAGCUGACAUGCCAUUCAGGACAAACUCCUUCCAGCUGUUUGGUUGAUAACAGCUGCGAGGUAAAGCAAAACGUAGAUUCCCAGGUGGUGGCCCCAACAGGUGUGAAACAGUUUAUCUGCGAGUUGUGUAGUGAAGUAUUUUACCGAAAAUCAGAAUUUAAGAGGCACAAGAAAAUGCACAACGGGGGGAAGGCAUUCAGCUGCGACUAUUGCGGUAAAGGAUUUAACCGAACGUCAGAUCUCAGGACACACAUGAGGGUCCACACAGGUGAGAAACCCUUUAGCUGUAGUAGCUGUGGACAGAGAUUCAACCAAAAGAUACACCUUAAGACGCACAUGAGAAUUCACACCGGAGAGAAGCCGUUUGUUUGCGAGGAGUGCGGUAAAAGGUUCAGCCAGCAGGGAAAUCUGACAACUCACAUGCGAGUCCACACCGGAGAGAAACCGCUAGCCUGCGAAGACUGUGGGCAAAGGUUUAACCAGCAGACGCAUCUUAAGGCACACAUGCGAGUGCACACAGGAGAGAAACCCUUUCAAUGUAGUGACUGUGAUAAAACGUUUAAACGAAAGACGCACCUUAAGACCCACAUGAGAGUCCACACUGGAGAGAAACCUUUCGGUUGCAAGGACUGCGGUAAAAGGUUUUACCGAAACACAGAUCUAAAGACUCACUUGAGAGUCCACACGGGAGAGAAACCGUUUGGAUGCGACGAGUGCGGCCAGAGGUUCAACCAAAAGACGCAUCUUAAGGAGCACAUGAGGCUCCACACGGGAGAGAAACCCUUUCACUGCAACAAAUGCGGCAAGAGAUUUAAUCGUAAGACGCAUCUUAACUCACACAUGAGAGUCCACGCAGAAUGAAAACGUCAAGGCUGCUUGGUUUGUUGUAAGAGAUUAUUUGCCGUGUGGAGGCAAGUCUGCAAGAACCACAGCAUUUUUUUUAUUGUCCUGUAACGUUUACGUUUUUUAAGCUUUCUUCAGUGCGUAGUUCAGAAUAUUUUAAACAAAAUGAUAUUUGCUUUAUCUGCUGGAUGUUUAAUGAAAUACUAAUGCUGAGGCUUCUUUAGUUUCCCUAAGCUAACCUCAGGUUUUGUUAUUUAAAGAACUCAAAUAAAAAACAACUGUACUGUUACUAAAAACACUUAAUUUAAGCCUGCGCUACGUAUUAACUCUCUGUUGGGCUCUGUUGUAUGUCAGUCCACACCAAUACUUGUGCUCGUACAAAGACUUUUUUAUAAUGUGUUUUGAUGUUUAAGCAGUGAGUCUGAAUGAAACUAAUCUGAACAGAAAACAUAAUUUAAAAACUGUUAUGGUGGAUUAUUAUGGUAGUCCCUAUUAGGGUUGGGCAAUUGGACGAAUAUAUUGACUAGUUUUACAAGGGCGAUUUAUUUAUUUGUUUGCCCAUGAGCAAGUUUGCUAAUAAUGAUGGAGCU